AUGGCGUGCCAUCUUCGCCGCCUCCUGCUCCUUUUCUUGGCUAACGUCGUCGCGACGGCGGCCCCCGCCCUUGCCAUCUUCCAUUUCGACUUCCGCUUCGACACCGACGGCCCGUUCUCGGGCGGCAUGAUGUCCCGGCACGACAUGUGGCGGCGGCGCGCCGCCGAGAGCAAAGCCCGGGACGCCAAGAACUCGGCCAGGCUCGCCAAGGCCGUGGGCAAGGGCGGCGGCGACGACAUCACGGCGGCCGACGUGACCGUCACCCCCUACACCCACCAGGGCCACUGGCUGACCGUCGGCAUCGGCACGCCGCCGCAGCCCAGCAAGGUGAUCCUCGACAUGGGCAGCGACCUCCUCUGGACGCAGUGCAGCCUCGUGGGCCCCACGGUGGUGCAGGAGGAGCCGGUCUACGACCCCUCCAAGUCGUCGUCCUUCUCCCUCCUCCCCUGCGGCAGCAAGCACUGCGAGGAGGGCGCCUUCACCAGCAAGAACUGCACCGACAAGAGGUGUGCGUACGAGAACUACUACGGUGUCCUGACGGCCACCGGCGUCCUCGCCACCGAGACCUUCACCUUCGGCGCGCAUCACAACGCCUCCGUCAACCUCACCUUCGGCUGCGGCAAGCUCACCAACGGCACCAUCGCCAGCGCCUCCGGCAUCCUGGGCCUCUCCCCGGGCCCCUUGUCUCUGCUGAAGCAGCUGGCCAUACCAAAGUUCUCCUACUGCCUAACCCCUUUCACCGAUCGCAAGACGAGCCCGGUCAUGUUCGGCGCCAUGGCCGACCUCGGCAAGUACAAGACGACGGGCAAGGUCCAGACGGUCCCGCUGCUGAAGAACCCAGUGGAGGACAUCUACUACUACGUGCCCAUGGUGGGGAUCUCCCUCGGGAGCAAGCGGCUGAACGUGCCGGCCGAGAGCCUGGCGCUGAAGCCCGACGGCACCGGCGGCACGGCCGUGGACUCGGCGACCACGCUGGCGUACCUCGUGGAGCCGGCCUUGACGGAGCUGAACAAGGCCGUGAUGGAGGGGCUGAAGCUGCCGGUGGCCAACAAGACCGUCGAUGACUACCCGCUGUGCUUCGAGCUGCCGCGUGGCACGUCCAUGGACGGCGUGGAGGCACCGCCGCUGGUGCUGCACUUCGACGGCGGCGCCGACAUGAUGCUGCCGCGGGACAACUACUUCCAGGAGCCGAGCCCCGGGAUGAUGUGCCUGGCGGUGGUCCGGCCGCCGUUCAAAGGCGCGCCGUCGGUCAUCGGCAACGUGCAGCAGCAGAACAUGCAUGUGCUCUACGAUUUGGGCGAACGGAAGUUCUCCUACGCGCCCACGCAGUGUGACAAGCUGUGA